AUGGAGCUGGAAGAGACGGGCCUACGAAUCCAGCCUUCACAGCUUGGUGGUGCGGGCAUCUUUGCCACCAGAAGCUUCAAGCCCGGUGACCAGGUGUUUACAGAGAAGCAUGUGGCACGGCUUGGCGUGACCGCUGUGGAUCGCGAUAUCGAAGGCCUAAAGGCCAGAUUCGACGAGCUUGCAGGUGAUGAUGCGGGCAUUACGUUGACGAAUCUUCGGUCGACAUCGCUCUUUCGUGGUCCUUCUGGGAGCUUGGGAGAGGAGCGCCGCAAUGCGUAUGGCAGCUGGGCUUCAAGUACUUGGCCGGACGCGUCUCCGGGACAGCAGGAGGCAAUGGCCGAUGCGAUGACCAUCAUGUCGUACAACUCCUACGUUUCGUUGGACAGUGCUUGGCAGCUGGUCUAUCCCAUCAUUUCGAAGGCCAAUCAUUCCUGCCUCAGCAAUGUCACGACAGUCGCAUCGCAGGAUGGAUUUGGCGAGCUCGUAUGCCUCCUUCCCAUUCAUGUUGGUGAUGAGAUACUGACGAGCUAUUUGUGCGACUCGGAUCUUACACGCCCAAUAACGCAGAGAAAGAAGAUUUUAUUGGAUCGCUGGGACUUUGACUGCUGUUGCAGCCGUUGUGUUGCCUGGGAGGACGACACUCGACGUUUCACCUGCCAGAGCCUCCGGGAUCCACCACAGUGGAUGGAACCUCAGGAGGCUUCUGCAGACGAUGCCGGCGAAAUGGUUGAAGAGUCGACAGGCUCUUCGAUCUGUGCCGACAUCCUGGCUUCCUCGGAGGGGCUUCAAAGCGGCCGAUGGGCCAAAGCCUGGCUGCAGCGUGAGGAGGAGGGAGAGAAGCUGCUUGAGGCAGUGCCUGAAGCGCUUUUUGCAGCUUGGGCCAAGCUGGAAGAGUUUGCUAAUGCGCAUCCUUGCCAUGGACUGUCUGGUCGUUGGAAGCGACACCUGGCCAUGCACACCGAGCGUGAAGCUGCGGAAGCCGAGACAGCGGAGGAGGCAGAGGAGCUUUACGAGUUGGUCGACCAGUACUGGGCAGACUAUCGGAGGUGUCUGGAAGUCAUGCUGCCAGAACGCCACGAAGGUGGCCUCCUCGACGGCCGCCCUGCAGAUGCGAGGAGAAAGCAGAGGGAAAAAGUGGAGCGAGCUGAUGCGGGGGCUGCUCCACCGGUGGACACCAUGAUCGUCACCAUUCCCGAGGGUUCCCAGCCCGGCGACGAGCUCUCUUUCACGGCGCCCAGCGGUCAGGAAGUGAUCGUGGCGGUGCCCGAGGGUGCACUGCCGGGCGAGGAGUUGGAGAUUCCGCUACCUCCGCAAGCAAUGACAAAGGAAUCUGUUGCGAGCGGGGUGGGAGCUCGAGAGGCAGAGGCCGAUCGGCAGUGGGCACAGCUCACGAACAUCGGCGGCUACCCAGCACUCUCAGCAGAACCGCCAAUCGCGACCUCUUAUGAGCUCACGAAGCCGUCGGGGCUGCCAGCCUUGCCUUCGAGUGCUGCGGGUGCGCCGGAUCCUGAGCCCGACGAUGUAGCAGCCGCGCGGCAUGAAGUGGAGGCGGAGCUGCGAGCCCGCCAGACUACGAUGGAUGCAGUCGGAAGGGGAGCUGAAUCCGGUGUAUCGACCCCUGACACACAGCUGGCAAUCAAGAAGGACAGAGACUUUGUGCGCCGCAAUCUGCCAAUGAAUCUCCAGCAGCAGUACCUGCGGCGUGUUUCCACCCUUCCAGACAUCGUGAACCGAAGCAUCAAGGUUCCGGUUUCCCACAAGCAGCUCUACACCGAGGACCCGAGGGUGCGGGCUGCGACGAUUCGGAUGGCGCACGGCAUGGAGCCACCGCACUUCCGGAUGGCGCUGGAAGAGUCUGCACGGACCGGGUCCAAGUGGUCGCAGAUGUUCCGUCCAGGUUUCAAUGACCUAGUCAAUGAGACAUUCAAGGUCGGUGCGAAUGCCUGCAUCUUCUCCAAGACUUUCCUUUCGAACAAGCAGGACACUUGA